GGCCGGAAGAGCGGCCUGUCAGGGAUUGUUUUCUUGCCGUCAGGUUAGAUUGUGGCAGCUCCGGGCUUGAGGGAGCGGAAACCCCCGGACACACAGAGCUAAGCUGGGAGGGGAAGAGCGUGGUGUCCGCCCCCUCCCACCUCCUGCACCUUCGGCCGGAUGCUCGGUGGCCUGUGAUCAAGCUCGGAGCUGGGGUAGAGAGCGAGUGUCUCCCCCCCGGGUGGGAGAGGCCCCCGGUGCGGGCCGCAGUGCCGGGGGGAAGGGAUGACUCUGAACUCCAUGAUGGCCUGCUGCCUGAGUGAGGAGGUGAAGGAGUCCAAGAGGAUCAACGCUGAGAUCGAGAAGCAACUCAAGAGGGACAAGAGAGACUCCCGCCGGGAGCUGAAACUGCUGCUGCUAGGUACUGGAGAAAGUGGGAAAAGCACAUUUAUAAAGCAGAUGAGGAUUAUCCAUGGCUCUGGAUAUUCGGAAGAAGAUAAGAAAGGCUUCACCAAACUUGUAUAUCAGAAUAUCUUCACUGCCAUGCAGUCUAUGAUAAGGGCCAUGGAGACUCUGAAAAUUCUCUACAAGUUUGAGCAAAACAAGUCCAAUGCUCUGAUUGUUCGAGAAGUGGAUGUGGAAAAGGUAAACUCUUUUGAACAGCCGUAUGUGACCGCAAUCAAAAACCUGUGGAAUGACCCUGGGAUCCAGGAAUGCUAUGAUCGACGGCGGGAAUACCAGCUGUCAGAUUCCGCCAAAUAUUAUCUGACAGACGUGGAUCGCAUUUCCAAACCUGGAUAUCUGCCAACACAACAAGAUGUGCUACGGGUCAGAGUGCCAACCACUGGUAUCAUUGAGUACCCUUUUGACUUGGAGAAUAUCAUAUUCAGGAUGGUGGAUGUUGGCGGUCAGAGAUCAGAACGACGGAAGUGGAUUCAUUGCUUUGAGAAUGUUACUUCCAUAAUGUUCCUUGUAGCUCUAAGUGAAUAUGACCAGGUCCUUGUGGAAUCGGAUAAUGAGAAUCGUAUGGAGGAGAGCAAGGCUCUGUUUAGAACUAUCAUCACGUAUCCGUGGUUCCAGAAUUCAUCUGUCAUUUUGUUCCUAAAUAAGAAAGACCUGCUGGAAGAUAAGAUCAUGUAUUCUCACCUUGUAGACUACUUUCCAGAGUUUGACGGUCCACAGAGGGAUGCCACAACUGCUCGUGAGUUCAUACUAAAAAUGUUUGUGGACCUGAAUCCCGACAGUGACAAGAUUAUCUACUCACACUUCACCUGUGCCACAGACACGGAGAACAUCCGCUUUGUAUUCGCUGCUGUUAAAGACACCAUCUUACAGCUUAAUCUGAAAGAGUACAACCUGGUGUGACAAGGCUGGCCCAAAUUUUCUCCUUGAUCUCCUCACCUGAGUGGUGUGAUUUUCUUUUUCAUAAUGUUUUUAUUUUAUUUGCAUCUGUGCCCCACAAACAACUUGAAUAGGGGGCUAAGGUUUGCAUUUGUCUUUUUGUUUUGUUUAAUCUUUUUUAUUUCUUGUUUUUGUUUUACUCCCCUGGCCAAAUGUUGAAAUAUGGCACGGUGCUGCUAGCCUGCCUUGGAGAUACGUUGUUAAACAUGAGUGUCUCUUUAAGUAGCUUUUUCAAGAAUAUUUUUUAAUUCAUUAUUCAGUGAGAUGAAGUGGAGAAGCACAGUCAAUAGAGGCUAGGCUGGUGGCUCAUGGUCUACCGCUUUUUGUGCUCUUUCCCUUUUUUUUUUUUUUUUUUUUAAAUGUCCUUUUUUUAAACACUUGAUUCUGAAGUGUUCUCAUAGGAGUUACACUCCAAAUUGAUUCCACCUUGAUGAUUUUGUUUUAUAUAUAAAUAUAUUUUUAACCUGUGUUGCAUGUUUUAACAGAUUUUAAUAUAAAUGACAGGGCUAAAAAUCUGUUCUUUCUAGGGAUGACAGAAUUGAGUGUAUUGCUUCAGUUUUAGAACCCUUCAUUAUCCCAAACUCCCUUUUAUUCUUUAAAGUAUAUUCUGUGAUGGAUAAACAGCAGAGUGUGACUAAAACACCUGAUUUGGCUUGCACCUAGA